AUGAUACUUACUAGUGACAAAUUUUUAGAAAUAGAAGUGUUGAAUGAUAGAUUAUCUAUAUGCUUUGAAAUUAAAAGAUUAUUAAAUUUAAAAUAUUUUUUAGGUAUAAAAAUUUCAUACUCUAGACAUAAUAUUUUCUUAUCUCAGCUAAAAUAUAUCUUAGAUUUACAUAAAGAAAUUGUAACUAGUGAUAGUAAACUAGCAACCACUCCCAUUGACUUUGACGAUAAAUUGGGUCAAGAUGAAUGCAGCCCACCAAUCGAUAGAGGAAGGUAUCAGAGGUUGAUUAGUCAAUUGAUCUAUUUAUUUUACACUCAACUAGAUAUUACCUAUACACGCUCUUAUUUCAAUCACAUGGGCAUACUAAUGUGGAAAUAUUAA